UAUUCAAAAAUCGCCCCCGUUAUUAUAUCAACCUCCUCAAAAAUCGAACCCUUCACUCUUCACUUACUCCCUCUAGAAACUUCUGCGAUUUUUAAUCACCAUUUCAGAUACGCAUCUACUACCAAUGGCCAGCACCGAGCCUGAGAACCAGCACAGGGAGGAGGAAGAAGCCGUCGGAGCGGAUGAUGAGGACACCGGAGCUCAGGUUGCGCCUAUCGUUAAGCUUGAAGAGGUUGCAGUUACUACCGGCGAGGAAGAUGAAGACGCCAUCCUCGACUUAAAGUCGAAGCUUUAUCGGUAUGAUAAGGAUGGGAAUCAAUGGAAAGAGAGAGGCGCCGGCACAGUCAAGCUCUUGAAGCAUAAGGAGACCGGAAAAGUCCGCCUUGUUAUGCGCCAGUCGAAGACACUUAAGAUUUGCGCUAAUCAUCUUGUACUACCAUCAAUGACUGUUCAGGAACAUGCUGGCAACGACAAGUCUUGUGUGUGGCAUGCACCAGAUUUUGCAGAUGGUGAACUCAAGGAUGAGCUUUUCUGUAUCCGAUUUUCAUCUGUGGAGAAUUGCAAGAACUUCAUGGAGACAUUCCAAGAGAUUGCUGAAUCACAGAAGAAGAAUGAGGAAAACAAAGACGCUUCUGCUGCUGCUGGACUGCUUGAGAAAUUGAGUGUUGAAGAUGAGAACGCUGAAAAGAAGGCAGAGAAAGGUGAAGAGACAACGAAGGAGGCUCCUGUUGCAACCGAUGAUAAAGCAGCUGAAGAUGCAGGGGACAAGAAAUCUACUUGAAAGGGUAUCACAUGCAAUACUUGUUCCCGUUUCAACUUGGCUGAGGUUUGUUGUGUCACCUGUUUCGAACCCACUGGGUAUGAUGAGUCGAGUCUGGUCUGGUUUGGUCUGGUCAAAUGCAAGCAAUAUUAGCUUUUGAGGUAUGUUUUGGGUGAUGGCAGAGAGUUUUAGCCAUUCAGGGUUCUUGUAUGCGGGUAUUAAGAGUAUUGCUAUGGGAAACUUCCUAUGGCUUUGGUUGGCAUUUUCUUGUGUGAUAUCCAAGUGUCUGUUACAGAAUGGGUCAAUUUUGCAUUUUUAUUUUUUAUUUUUUAUUUU